GACCGCAUUCUUUAGUCGACCGCUGGAACGUUAUAUAUAUUAUAUUAUUUUAUUACGUCCGCUGCGCUACCCGUGUCGUCACCGCUCGUCAUCUGUUAUUGUUAUACUACAGAUAUUUUUAUCGGCCCAUUAUUGUUGUUGAUUGUUGUUGUUUAUUAUUAAUAUUUUUGUUUUUAUUUAUUAUAUGCGUAUCGGCGUAACUGAUAAACGCACCCGCUCGUUCCGACAUCAUCGAUCGCCCAAAAACCGUUAGAUCGCGCAAACGGCCGUUGCGCGCGCUAUGGCUUUUGAAACGCAGCAACAGGUGUCCGCUGCCUCUGGCCUUUGUGGCGUGACAUACAGAAACAUUCGUCUCGGAUGCUGCAAUUCCGACAGUGGGUAGGUCGUAGAUAGGUGUUCUUUCGUGUGUGUGUGAUCGUCGAAUUUUUCGGAAUCGCCGUUUCGUCCGUUUUUCGACACGGUUGAUAUUAUUAUAAGAUCGGUUUGCUUCGUCGUGUGAUAAACGUGAUUUUCUCGUCCGCCCGACCCGAAAUGGAAGAAGAAGAAAGAAAUGACCGUUUAUCUUGCAAGCAAAGGAACUACAUGCUCGCCGUCACUGUUGUAUUACUGCUGUCCUCCAUCACUCAUUGUGAAUGCCAGUCCUAUCAGGCUCCUCGGUUCAUCACGCAGCCUACGUCUACUAAAAAUGUGAUCGGCGAAGGACAGACAAAAAUUAUUCAAUGCCAAGCUCUUGGCUUUCCGGCUCCAGUUUACAAAUGGUACAAAGAUGGAAAAGAAGUGGGAGAUUUUUCAUCUGAAUAUCAGUCUUUCCGUCUUUUAAAUCUAAAACAUGACGAUGGAGGAACUUAUCAAUGUAUAGCAAAAAAUGAAGUUGGAUCGAUACUAUCUCAAAAAAUUGAAAUAAACAUUGCGUAUAUGGACAAUUUUAUGGAAGUAACCGAUCCAAUAGUUAGAGUUGAAAGAGGUCAAGCAGCAAUUUUGGAUUGCCCGCCAAUUAAAAGCUACCCACCACCUAUGGUACAGUGGUUAACUGAUGACGGCACUCAGCUAUACGACAUCAAAUAUGCCUCAGUUGCAGAGACUCAUCAAUUAGUGGUAUUAUCAGCCUCUGACAGCGACCAAAAAGCAUACAGGGUGAGAGCAACAAACCCUUUGUUAGGAAAAGACGAAUUUAGUCAGUAUUUAAGAAUCAACACCAUAGGAGGCUCUCAGUCUGGAGAAAUUGCCCCUUAUUUUGUUGUUAAACCUAAAGGAAAGCACAUCAUCAAAGGUCAUAAAACUACCGAGCUCCAGUGCAUAGCUAAUGCAAGGCCCUUACAUGAAUUAGGAACCAUGUGGUUCAAAGACGACAUACCGAUAGAAAAUACCAAUGGUGUUGAUUAUAUUUACAACGAUCCGUGGAACAGAACUUUAUCACUUAUCAAUGCCAAAUUGACUUAUACCGGUCGGUAUACUUGUCAGGUUCGAUUUGUAUCAGGUGGAUAUGCACCUAUUUCUGCAGACGCUGAUAUCUUCGUCUUAGAACCUCCAACAUUUGUUGGUAAUUUGAGGAUGGAAACCCUUGGCGAAUAUGGGUCUACUGUCAGAAUAAGUUGUGACACCAUUGGGGUGCCACAGCCAAAAAUAACUUGGUAUCGUAACGCAGAGACAAUAAGUCAAAACAAUAGGUACACGGUUGAAGAAGAUGGUACUUUGGUUAUAAAGAAAUUGAACAUCGAAGAUUCUGGCAUGUUUCAAUGUGAAGCAGAAAAUGAAGCCGGGUCAGAUUCUAUUAGUACGUGGUUGAAAGUCAAAAGACGUUCUAAACGCUGGACGAGAGCCUCUGUAUACAGAAUGAUGCCAUGGCAACACCCGAGUGCCCGAAAAAAUGUACCUCCUACUGGUCCAAUUAUUGAGAAUGAACCACAAAAUUCUACAGUUCUAGAAGGAAAUGAAGUUAUAUUGUCUUGUAGAGUUAUUGGUGCACCUAAACCAAAUACUACUUGGAUUGUUGGUGAUGUAUUUUUAUCGUUGAAUGAAAGAAUUCGUAUUCUAGAUACUGGAGAUUUAUUUAUAUCAUCCACAAAAGUUCAAGACACUGGAAAAUAUUCUUGCAUAAGAUCGAAUGAAGCCGGCACUGUGGAAAUGCAUGCGUAUAUUAAAGUUCUAGGUAAAACUACCAUUGUUGAACCUCCUAUGGAUACUAGAGUUUUAUUAGGACAAAAUUCUAUUAUGAAAUGUAAAGUGUCUAGUGAUCCUUCUGUGCUUUAUCAAAUUGAUUGGUUUCAUAAUAACAAGAGUCUUGGAGCGGGAAAUUCAAGAAUUAAAGUUUCUGCUGAUGGUACAUUAGAAAUUGGAGUUGUGCGUGCUAGUGAUGCUGGUGUCUAUACUUGUUCAGUUUCAUCCCCCGGAGGCAAUGAGAAAAGACAUGCACAUUUAAGUAUACUUGAAUUGCCUUAUCCUCCAAAUGUUGCUCAGGCUGAACGUGUUGGACCCAGAUCUGUGAAUGUUUCUUGGACUGUAGGUUUUGAUGGAAAUAGUCCUAUAUUAAAAUAUAUUGUUCAAAAACGACAAAUUGAAACUCAAUCAUUAUUGGAUCCACUUGUUGAUUGGGUUACUGAACUUACAAAUAUAUCUGCAAAUUCUCGUUAUGUGGUCUUGGAAAAUUUAAAAGCAGCUAAUACAUAUCAAUUUAGAAUCAGUGCUAUGAAUGCAAUUGGUGAAGGAACACCUUCACAACCAAGCAAUUUUGUUACACUGCCACAACAAGCUCCAUCUGGACCACCUUUAGGGUUUGUGGGAUCAGCUAGAUCAAAUUCAGAAAUUAUUACUCAAUGGCAACCUCCAUUAGAAGAGCAUCAUAAUGGCCAAAUUCUUGGAUAUAUUAUAAGAUAUAGGUUACAUGGUUAUAUUAAUAGUCCAUGGACUGAUCAUAAUAUUACUAGUGGGGCUCAACAUUAUUAUUUAAUUCAAGAUCUUAUUACAUGGAAAGACUAUGUGCUUCAAGUAGCUUCCUACAAUAAUAAAGGAGUUGGAGUUUAUAGUGAUAGUAUAAGAAUAAAGACUAAAGAAGGAGUUCCAGAAGCAGCUCCAAUCGAUGUAAUAGCUAGACCAAUAAAUAGUACUUCGGUUCAAGUUUGGUGGAAACCUCCAGAUCCACAAAAAAUAAAUGGCAUUAAUCAAGGCUACAAACUUCAAGCAUGGAUUGGAGAACGAGUAGAACAUGAAAUGACAGUUGCUCCUAGUUUAUUUGAUCCACUUGCUCAGCAAACUACAAUAUUUGUGAACCUUAAGAAAUUUACAAUCUAUAAUGUAACGGUGUUAUGUUUCACUGAUCCUGGUGAUGGUCCAAUCAGUAGUCCAUCGUUAGUUGUUACACACGAAGAUGUUCCUGAUUUAGUUGGUAGUCUUCACUUUGAAGAUGUAUCAGAUCGUUCUGUGAAUGUUGUUUGGUCUUCACCAUUGCAUACUAAUGGUCAUUUGAUUGGCUAUACUGUGUCUUAUUCCAUACGUGAUCGACCAGAAACCACACACUUAGUAAACGUCACCUCAGACAUCACUAGUAUUGUAAUUGAUCAAUUACAAGCCACUACCCAUUAUAAAUUUGAAGUAUUCGCUUGGACAAAAGUUGGUUCCGGUCCUAGUAGAAUAGCCACAAUACAGUCUGGUAUUGAACCGGUUUUGCCCAAUCCUCCUACUAAGUUGGCCAUCACAAAUAUUGAGCCUUUUUCAGUUGUGCUCCAAUUUACACCAGGGUUUGAUGGAAAUUCUUCUAUCACUAAAUGGGUUGUAGAAGCACAAACGGCAAGGAAUACAACUUGGUUUACUGUACAUGAAGAAAGUAGUCCUGAAGCAACUACACUGAAAGUUCUCCAAUUAGUUCCUUAUACGUUAUACCGUUUAAGAAUCACUGCAUGGAAUGUAGUUGGUGCAUCAGAGCCUUCAGACCCCACUAAAGAUUUUCAAACUAUUCAAGCACCUCCAGCUCAUCCCCCUUAUAAUGUCACUGUACGUGCAAUGUCUUCUACUGAACUUCGUGUCCGUUGGAUUCCUUUGCAACAAAGUGAAUGGUUUGGAAAUGGGAAAGGUUACAAUAUAACUUAUAGAUUAUUUAAUACUAGUGUUGUAUAUACUGUCACAAUUGAAGAUAUUACCUCAAAUUCAUUUGUUUUGGACUCUUUACAAAAAUUUACUCAAUAUGAUGUAACUAUGAAUGCGUUUAAUGAUGUUGGAUCAUCUGGCCCUAGUCCAUCAGCUUUUGAACGUACAAGAGAAUCAGUGCCAUCAAUGGGGCCCAUAAAUGUUGUUGCAAAUGCAACAUCUUCUACAACCAUUGUGGUUAGUUGGGGUGAUGUACCUUCUGAUCAUCGAAAUGGAAUCAUUGAAGGAUUUAAAGUUUACUAUAAGCCAGGUGGCCGUGCUGUGUAUCCUGUACAAAUAAAAGAUAUUCCAAAAAAUUCAACUUUCACAACUACAUUGACAGAGUUAAAGAAAUUUGUUCAGUACAGUAUUCAAGUUCUAGCUUAUAGUCGGUUAGGGGAUGGUGUGUUAUCUACUCCAAUUACUAGAGUUCAAACUUUUGAAGAUGUUCCUGGUGCUCCGUCUAAUGUAUCUUUUCCUGAUGUUACUUCAACCACUGCCAGAGUUAUUUGGGAUGUCCCUGCUGAUCCUAAUGGUGAAAUUCUUGCUUAUCGCAUAAAUUAUCAAUUACAUAGUUCCGAGGGCUACAAUUUUUCUAAAGAAUUUCCUGCUUCAGACAGAACAUUCAGAGCUAUUGAUCUUAUACCUAAUCAGUACUAUAUGUUUUGGGUCACAGCCCAAACACGGUUAGGCUGGGGUAAAAGUCAGUCUGCACUUGUUUUUUCAUCAAAUAACCGUGAAAUACCACAAGCUCCUUCUUCGCCACAAAUAAGUCGUAGUCAGAUUCAAGCCACACAAAUUACAUUCAGUUGGACCCCAGGACGAGAUGGCUAUGCUCCAUUAAGAUAUUAUACAGUACAGAAGUCAGAAGAAAUUGGGCCUUGGACCACUAUACCUGAACGAAUAGAUCCAUCUAUUACUUCAUACACUAUCCAAGACCUCUUACCUUUCACUUUAUAUCGGUUUCGCAUUCAAGCAACGAAUGAUAUUGGUCCAAGUAGCUAUAGUCAUGAAUCUCCUCAAGUCAGGACUUUACCUACCUCUCCAAGUCGUGUAGUUGGUAAAGUUCAAGUUGUACCCAUUACAACAACAAGUGUACGUGUCACCUGGGAGCCUAUACCUCCUCAGUAUUGGAAUGGUGAUACCCAAACUGGAGGUUAUAAAGUUUUGUAUCAACCUGUUUCUGACAUUCCUAUGGCAUUGCAAACAAUACCUAGUCAAUUAAUUAUGGGCACAACAGAAAAAACUCUUGUCAUUGGAGAUUUAGUUCGUGACCGAAAUUAUGAUAUCAUUGUAGUGCCGUUCAAUUCUCAAGGUAAUGGUCCACCUUCUAUGCCUAUUCCUGUCUACGUUGGAGAAGCUGUCCCUACAGGUGAACCUCGUAGUGUAUCCGCAUUUGCCAUAUCAUCGACAGAAGUUCGGUUGUCUUGGGAACAUCCACAACAAAAUCAACAAAAUGGAGAUUUAUUGGGAUACAAAAUAUUUUACAUUGUGAUUGAUUCACCAAAUGAACACCGUGUGGAAGAAGAAACAGAAGUUGUUCCUGCCACAUAUGUUAGUCAUAGCUUGGUGUUUUUGGACAAAUACACUGAGUAUAAAAUUCAAAUACUUGCAUUUAAUCCAGCCGGUGAUGGGCCAAGGUCUGCACCUAUUAUUGUUAGAACUCAUCAGGGAGUACCGGGUCCACCAACUGAUCUUCAAUUUUCUGAAAUAACAAUGAAUAGUCUUAAAGUUUCAUGGACACCUCCAAAACGGAAAAAUGGCCAACUUCUAGGUUACAUAAUUACAUAUGAAACAGCUGAACAAAACGAACGUUUUAGCAAACAAGUAAAACAAAGAGUAAAUCAAACAUGGCUUCUUGUUCAGCCUCUAGAAGAAGAAGUGACUUAUACUUUCUCAGUCAGGGCUCAAACUAUAGAUUUGGGAGUUGCAAUUAAAGGAAAUGUAACCACUGGACCACAACCGGGUUCACCAAAGAGUCCAUUUGACCUAUCAUUAGUCAAAACUGUAUCUAGUGUUGCACUUAAAUGGACAAAUGGAGCAUCUGGAAAAGGACCAAUUCUUGGAUACUACAUACAGAGCAGACGUAAAGCCACACACGACUGGGAACAUUAUGACACACGUUGGACAACAGUUACAAAAAGUAACAGUGGACCGUUGGAUGAAUUCUCAGUAUCCUAUCAGAGUUUGCUGCCAUCAACUUCAUAUUUGUUUAGAAUUGUAGCUCAUAACGAGUUUGGUAUUAGUUAUCCAGCCUAUUCAGAUGAUGUGGUUUUAACUCCAUCAAAAUUGUACUUAGAGUAUGGUUACUUACAAAUGAAGCCAUUUUAUAGACAGACAUGGUUUAUGGUUGCUUUAGCUGCUGCAUCACUAGUUAUACUUAUUAUGGUUAUUGCUAUACUAUGUGUUAAAAGCAAAAGUUACAAAUAUAAACAAGAAGCACAAAAAACCUUAGAAGAAUCUAUGGUUAUGGAUAUUGAUGAUCGACAGCAGUUGGCCAUGGAACUUCAUAGAACCAGAAUGUCAAACAACAAUUCUCUUGGACGGAUGUCUAUUCAUAAUACUUUACACCAUUCACUACACAGACGGAAACCACCAAUCGGAACUUUAGGAAAAUCUCCACCAAGGCCAUCUCCAGCUAGUGUUCCUUACCAUAGUGAUGAUGAUAGUGUUAAAGGUUAUGAUGAAAAUCCAGACGAUAGUUCAGUUACUGAAAAACCUUCAGAAAUCAGUUCAACAGACUCUCAGGGAUCAGAAAGUGAGAAUGAAAGUGUGCGAUCAGAUCCGCAUUCGUUUGUUAACCACUAUGCUAAUGUCAAUGAUUCUUUAAGACAGUCGUGGAAACGGCAAAAACCUGUUAGAAACUAUUCUAGUUAUACAGAUUCGGAACCUGAAGGAAGUGCUGUGAUGAGCCUUAAUGGUGGCCAAAUUAUAAUGAAUAACAUGGCCAGAUCACGAGCUCCACUACCAGGAUUCUCAUCGUUUGUUUAAUUUCUUCUAGUGCGUGCCAUCUUUACCAAUCCGUCCGUGAUUUUGUUUAAUUUAAAAUUAAUUAUGUAUUAUUUUGUAAAUAUGUGUACCAUGACUUAACUUAUGAACUGGUCAGUAUGACUACUUUACUCUAAAAUUGAAAAUGUUUAAUUGUCUUUUACAGACUGAUAAAUUGUAUGUAUAAUUUAGCUCUAACAAGUUGAUCUCAAUUUUAUAUUUCUCUAGAAAAGUUUUUUACUUAAACUAAAAACUCA